UUUUGUUGGGGUGAUCAUAAUGUACAAAAAAAUAAUCUUCGUUCAAUAAAAAAAAAUUUAUGUUGUUUUUCAUUACGAUUUUCUUUUGUAUAUAUUAAAAAAUUAAAGCUUUUAAAAAAAAUGCUUAACGAGAAUCAAAAUGAUGUUAAAGCUAAUAACGACAAAGAUAAAGAAGAAAUUGUAUAUGGGAAAACUCACGAUGCCGGAGUCUUUCAAGUCCCGCAUACUGUAGACAUGUUGACUACAGUUUUUGACACUAAGGCAAAAAAAUCAACAUUUGAUAUUUUUACGUUUACUGUGAUCGGGUGCCAAGUCAUUCUGUUUUUUGUACUUCCUGCUUCUACUUCAAGAUGGCUUUUCCUCCUUCUUUUCUUUUUUUGGAGAUUCGCGUAUAAUGUUGGUUUAGGAAUAAUAUUGAAAUAUCAAAGUGAUAAGCGCGGUGUUGUCUUGUGGAUUAAACGCAAUAAGUUUUUCGACAAGGAAAAAAAUAAAAAAUUAUAUUUAUUUCUUAAAAAAGAAUUGAGCACAAAAAUGGGAAGCGACUAUAAUUUUGAGACUGCUCCUUUGGAAUUUAAUGCGUGGCUUCUUUUUCGUCAACUUGUUGACCUGAUUCUUUUAAACGAUUUUACUUCGUAUAUUUGUUUUGCGCUUGCUAAUUUUAAUAUUCCAGAAGGUUCUGGCGUGUUAAUUAAUAUAGCACGAUGGUCUGGUGGUCUUUUUUUACUAUGGUUUAAUGUUUGGGUCAAAACUGAUGCGCAUCGUGUUGUAAAAGAUUUUGCAUGGUACUGGGGGGAUUUCUUUUUUCUUAUAGAUCAAUCACUUACGUUUGAUGGUGUAUUUGAAAUGGCACCACACCCGAUGUACUCUGUUGGAUAUGCAGGCUACUAUGGAAUUUCCCUCAUGAUGGCAAGUUAUAAAGUAUUAUUUGUAAGUUUGGCGGCGCAUGCGGCACAGUUUGCAUUUUUAACAUUCGUUGAAAAUCCACAUAUUGAAAAGACUUAUAAUCCUCCUACACCACUUAAUGCAAAAUUAUCAAAACCAAUUAUAUCAGAAACACAUGAAUUUACAACUUCUAUAAACGAAGUUUUAUCAGCUUCAAAUGAAAUUCAACCUACACUUCCAGACUUAUCAAACACAUCAAAUUAUCAUUUUUGUCGUGAUCUUAUCGUAUUCAAAAAUUUCGACCUUUUCCGUUCAAAUGAUCUUUUCGUCAUUUUUAUUGUUAUUUACGCGGCAAUUAUUCCAUUAUCCAUUGCGGGUGCUUCUAAUAAUGCGAUCAAAUUUUUCUUAGUUGCUCAGUGUUUGGCAUGGCAUAUUUUUCAUUCUUAUGUCUUAGGUGCAGUUUUAUAUUUUCAGAGUAAAAAUAAGUUUUUAACUAAACAUUACAUUAAAUUUGGCGGUAACGUUAGUGAAGCAUUUUCAAAUUGGAAGAGUAUUUAUAAUCUUUCGUUAUGCAUGACUUACGUAACUUUUCUUGCCGCUGCGUGGAAGAUGUACUAUUUCCCCGAAGAUUGGACUUAUGGCAUGGUAUUAUUGCGUCAUACCUUGGGCAUGCUUCUUAUUGCUUUACAUAUCUGGACAUCUGUUUCAGUAUUUGAAGUAUUGGGUGAUUUUGGUUGGUUUUAUGGUGAUUUCUUCCUCGAUGAUUAUCCCACAACAUUAUAUUACACUGGAAUAUAUAGAUUUCUUAAUAAUCCAGAAAAACUUAUUGGUCAUGCUGCCUUCUGGGGAAUAACUUUAAUGGCAAACAGUUGGCUUAUUUUUGGUCUAGCGCUAUUUGCUCAAAUUUCGAGUUUCUUAUUUUUACAUUAUGUCGAAAGUCCACAUAUGAGAAAAUUAUAUGGUGAUAAGAUUCGUAAGGAUGCUGGCGUAACAAAGACCAUCAAACGUGUCAAAAUUAUCCCAGUCAAGGUUAAAGAAGAAGUUUCUAAAAUUCAAGAAGCACCGGAAUUUCAAGUAGUUAAACGUGUUGUCAGAGAAGUAGCUGAAACGGUUGAAAAGGUUGUCGAGGAGACAGCCGAAGUCGUAGGAGAGAUUGUUGAAGCUGCAAGACCCAGAUUACAAGGCGUAGUUUUUGAGACUCGAAGUUUAUUGAAAAAUUCAACUAGCGCGUUCAUAAUUAUAAUUAGACGAGUUACCGAAAAUAUAAAAAAUCAAGAUCUUAAGCAAUAUUCACUAGCGCCGGUUCAUCCUUCAAAUGAUUUACAUAAUUCAUCAUCAAAUAGUAUGGCUUCACUUGACAAUGAUAAGAAUGAAACCUGUAGUGACGCGAAUCCCAUUACAUUUGAAUUAGGUUCACCAAUAUGUGUCAAAUGGACUGCACCAAAAAAUCAUUCGCGUUUAGAUUGGAUUGGUAUCUAUAAGGUUACUGCAAAUUCAUCGAAGAUGGUGACCAGUGUAUCAAGUAAAGGACGGUAUUUUUAUGUAACACCAGAAGAGGAUGAUUCUGACACAGGAUCGAAGAACAUUGAUAAUAAUGAUCAAGUGGAAACUGGUGACGUAUGCUUUAAAGGAGAUAAAUUACCAUGGGAAGUAGGAACUUACGAGUUUAGGUACCAUCAUGAUAAAAAAUAUGGUGUCAUGGCCGUAUCACAACCUUUCGAAAUCGCUGUUAAUGCACCCGAAUGUGUGCUUGAUCUUCCAGCGAUUGAACAAACUGUUCUCACGUUAGUACAGAGAGCACUUGACUCAAAUCCUGCCCUAAUUCCAUAUAAUACCAGCGAUGAUUAUGUAUUGAUGAAGGAAGUUCAUGCUAAGCGUAUUGUUUACGGAAUUAAAAUGAUGUUUGGUAUAGAUUUCGCUUGGGAAGUUGUUGCGAUUGAUGGAAAUGUUAGAAGAUUGGCCCGAAGAAUUUAUAGAGCAUGUCAAGCCUUAGCUAUACUUUCUUCUCCACCUCGACGUACAGAACCUUGGUCUGGCACUAAUCUGCCAACGUCAUCUCCAACUGAUGAUUUAAACAUUUAGUAAUAAUAAACCUACAUACACUUCUUAUUGGUUAAACGAGCGACAAAUUGCGAGACGAUUUAUAUAGAACUAUUGUAUUAUGAUUAUAUAGUUUCAUGUAAUUUAUUUAUAUCACAGUUGAAAAUUAUAUGUAUUAUACACUAGUAUUGCAUCUUCCAUAAAUUUUUAUAAAUUUUAAUAAAAUA